ACGGAGUGAGAGAAAAAAAAAUGUGUAUAAAAGAGAGGGAGGUUGGGAGGUGGAGUUGAGGAAUCAGAGGAACAGUGUGAUUGUGAAGAGCUUUCUCUCUGCACAAUAAUCGAGAAGCAUUAAUUUUUUUAUAAUAAAUUUAUUAAAAAAACCGAAGAGAAAAUAAAAUCGGCAAUCUUUCACUGUUUUUUUCCCGGGAAAAUUAACAGCCUCUGCCAUGGACGGACCAACCGGUAACCGACGAAAUACUCCUCCGUCCGCCACCUCUCCGCCGCCUUCUCCUUCUCCGGAAAAUCUCCGUCACGUGGAACGCAUGAUUAACUCCAACCAUUAUACUUCACCGUCUAGAACAAUCUACUCCGAUAGGUUUAUUCCCAGUAGAUCUGCCUCCAAAUUCGCUUUGUUUGAUAUCAAUACGACUACAGAAGGACGCGAUGAUAGCUCUAGUGCUUAUACCUCUCUUCUCCGAACUGCUUUGUUUGGACCUGAUGCGGCCGGGGUGGCUGGUCCUAUAACGCCGGAGAAGAGGGACUCGCCGUCGAUGACAUUACCGAGCAGGAAUAUUUUUAGGUACAAGACGGAGACUCGGCAGUCCAUGCAUUCGCUUUCUCCGUUUAUGUCUGAUGACGUUGUUCCCGGUGUUAAUCAGAUUCCGGUCAAGGCUCCCAGGAAGGUUCCUCGAUCGCCGUAUAAGGUUUUGGAUGCACCUGCUUUGCAAGACGAUUUUUAUCUGAAUCUGGUGGAUUGGUCUUCGCACAAUGUGUUGGCGGUUGGUUUGGGUAACUGCGUUUAUCUCUGGAAUGCUUGUAGCAGUAAAGUAACUAAAUUAUGUGAUUUAGGGGUUGAUGACUGUGUUUGUUCUGUUGGCUGGGCACAACGUGGUACUCAUCUUGCUGUUGGAACUAACAAUGGUAAAGUUCAGAUUUGGGAUGCAGCACGAUGCAAGAAGAUAAGAUCUAUGGAAGGGCAUCGGUUACGCGUCGGGGCCUUGGCUUGGAGUUCAUCUCUUUUGUCCUCUGGUGGACGGGAUAAGAAUAUUUAUCAACGAGAUAUACGCACACAAGAAGAUUUUGUUAGUAAACUGUCUGGACACAAAUCAGAGGUUUGUGGACUGAAGUGGUCUUAUGAUAACCGUGAGUUGGCAUCCGGAGGAAACGACAACAAAUUGUUUGUUUGGAAUCAACACUCGACCCAACCUGUCCUGAAAUACUGUGAGCACACGGCAGCUGUUAAAGCUAUUGCAUGGUCUCCUCAUCUUCAUGGACUUCUUGCAUCUGGAGGAGGAACUGCAGAUCGAUGUAUUCGUUUCUGGAAUACAACCACAAACUCACACUUAAGCUGUAUGGACACUGGAAGUCAGGUUUGCAAUCUUGUCUGGUCCAAAAAUGUCAAUGAACUAGUAAGCACACACGGCUACUCCCAGAACCAGAUAAUUGUUUGGAGAUACCCCACCAUGUCAAAGUUGGCCACUCUUACAGGCCAUACUUAUAGGGUUCUUUAUCUCGCCAUCUCUCCAGAUGGACAGACUAUUGUGACUGGAGCUGGAGAUGAAACACUUAGGUUCUGGAAUGUAUUUCCUUCCCCUAAAUCACAGAAUACUGAAAGUGAAAUUGGAGCAUUAUCUCUUGGAAGAACUACUAUUAGGUGACCGCUCCUGGCAUUUCAACCCAACCAUGUGGCAUAUUUUUAAGCUUGGGUUGCCGUGCAGAACUAAAUUUCAGAGCAAAGAACACCAUGGUGGGAAAUCUUUGAAUAUAACAAACACCACCACAAUAGUAUGCCUACCAACUGGAGAGCCUUGCAGGGAGGAGGUAUAAAAGUUUUGAUAUUCAUGCAUUCAUGUGUAGUCUCAUUUUGUAUUGAAAAGAUGAGAACAAAUGGGUAAUUUAUUAUUAUCUUGGACUUAUACAUGUAUCAAUGGAGUUGUAGCCAAGUUUUAUUAAUUACUCAUCUUUUUGGUUCUUUUUGAUAA